UCUAGUAUUUUUAUCAAAAUGUCCAUGGACGAUUGCAAUGAUGGACCGUCAGGCCUAGAAGGUUCAGGUGUGAAAUUAACAGUCUUGUUUGGACAGGCAGUUUAUGCGGGUAAUCAGAUCACGUCUUCCAGCAACAUAUCAAGAAAGUUGGAUGUUGAAUUAAGCGCUCAUUCGUCAUCAAAAUUCAAUGCUAAAGACGUGAAAAAAAUUGAUUGCACGGAAUUCAUCAUAGAUUCAGUUAACGUUGUCGUCACUGAUAGAUCCAUUACAGUAACGGGAAUCAAAAAAAAUGAGCAAGACGACUCUGUAAAUGCUUUCCUACAACUCAUUAUAAAAUAUAACAUUCCAGAUGAGUGCGACUUGAAUAGCAUUAAGGCAAGACUUUGCUCUGACGAAGUUCUAUGUAUCUGGAUUCCUGUAAAAAACGAAUGA